CUCGACGCUGGACGCUGGACGCUUGACUCUCGACUCUGCAGGCCAUCGAAAAGUGCCCGUUUGCUGGACCCUUGGCAGUGGCACACAGACCUGCCUCGUACGAGGUCGUCAGCCCUGUUCGGCCAAGCCGCUCUCGCGUCUCCUGCUCGUGUUCGUGUUCGCGUAUCCGUCUUCUCCGCGCCUUCUCUCUGCAACCUGGGCUCGACAUCCAUCUGAGCGUCGACAUCUCUCGCCAGCCUUAAUCCCCCUGUUUCGAUCAUCCAAGUACACACGAGAUAGACGUUGAGGCAUGGGACACCAGCAACCGACUCCGCUCCUCGAAAGCCUCGCCAUUCGCAUCUCCACCCCGAUCGCCCGCUGUACGGCUGACUGACCCGCCGUCCUCGCACACGUUGCUUCUGUCCGUCUGUGGGCUCCCAUCAUCGGCCUAGGAUACACACGCCAUCGCGCUGGUGUGCUGUGCUAUGGUCAGGAUGCGGGUACCCAUUCGCGAGCAAUUGGGGUGCCUGGUGCUGUUGGCCUCGUUGAUAGGAUUGGCAGUCAUAGCUAUCGCAACCUGGAUCACAAAUCAUGCUUUCGUGCUUGAUCUCCGAACGGAUCGUCUACAAUUCACUGCGGCCCUCAAAACGUCGCAACUAUCGUCAAAUCUUGCACUAAUGCAAAUUCUCGUUAAGCAAGCCGCCAAUCGCCUCUCUCCCCAAUCUGCGCUCCAACGAUAUUACGAGAACAACAACAACACCGUCGAGAAUUGGAGCCGAGUAGUAGAAGACUACGAUGCCAUAUUUGGUAGUGACCAAGACACCAGAAUCAUUGUACAGGCAAGGAUAUAUCCAUACAACUCGUCCGAUACUGUGCUCUUUGAGCGGACAGCCGCUACCAUGUACGAUGUACAACUCCCUUACUCUUCUGCCAACGGUCAAGUUGCGACUAUGGGAGACGCCGACAGUGGGUUCAUUCCCGAGCUCUACCCAAGCUUCGCCGUUCGCGCAACCGCUCUCAACUCGACAUUCAACACGUACAAGGCCGAGUACAACGGAAGGACCAUCGACAAUACUAGUGCUCUUCUCUGCGGACCGUACCGUAUCAAUUCCUCUCUCAGCCUUGUCUCCAUCACGCUGCCCAUCAUCAACAACACAUCGAACAUUGACACGCUGGGCUGGCUCACGACUGUGUUGGACGCAUCACUCAUCACCGACCCUAUCAAUGCACUCGAAGGCCUUAGUAAUAGUGGUCUUUCGUUGUUGGUCGGCCCCGACAACUCUACGAACAAGUUUCCUGCUGGAUACCUCUAUAACUCACAAAAUCCUAACCCUCCAGAGCACGUAGCAGUGCGUUUUCUAGUAGCUCCGACAAUCCGAAAUGGCGUUACACGCCAUACCAAACAAUUUAACGCCUCUGCUUCUACGCCAUUUGACUGGACAAGAUACCCCGCCAUACAUGAAGGUUAUACAGAAGACUCUGGUGCCACGAAUAAUGCAAACAGUAUAAUAUCUGCCAAGAACGAGGACCAUCAAGAUGUGGCUGUUGGGUAUGCUCUUGUCACAAAUUCUAUGGUUGACUGGAUGGUUAUGGUGGAACAGACACAUGCUGAAGUUUGGUCGCCGAUCAACCAUCUCCGGAAUGUUCUCCUCGCUUGCGUCUUUGGCACAAUGGGUGCCAUGAUCCUUCUUGCUUUCCCAGUAGCCCACUACUCCAGCCGGCCCAUCAGACGGUUGCGGGAUGCCACGAAGAAGACUGUUUCUCCUCAUCUAUUUGAAGACGACGAUGAUGAUAUGAGCUUGGACAACGAUGGCGCAAACGACGAGGCAGACGAGGCUCUUGCUCGCAAAGAAGGGUGGCUCGGCCAGGUCGUCCAUUAUCGAAGGAAUCAGAAGGCGAGCAGGGCUGAGAAGAAAGAGAUGGAGCGGAGAAAGCAGUUCCGCAUUCCUGGCAAGGUCAAGGACCGCAAGCACUUCAUCCAUGAUGAACUGACAGAUCUCACAACAACAUUCAAUGAGAUGACAGACGAGCUCAUGAUGCAGUACGAAAGACUGGAAGAGAGGGUACAACAAAGGACAGCCGAGCUUGAGCAAAGCAAGAAGGCGGCCGAAGCAGCAAACGAGAGCAAGACUCUGUUCAUUGCCAACAUAUCGCACGAGCUCAAAACUCCUCUGAACGGCAUCAUGGGCAUGACCGCCGUUUGCAUGUCCGAAGACGAUCCAGUGAGGAUACGGCGGUCCCUCGGCAUCAUAUACAAGAGCGGAGAUCUCCUUCUAAACCUACUUACUGAUCUUCUAACAUUCAGCAAAAACCAAGUCGGACAGCAGCUGAGUUUGGAUGAAAAGGAGUUCCGAUUAAGAGAUAUUAGCACCCAAGUCCUCGCGAUUUUCGACAAGCAAGCUAAAGAAGGUGGCAUCAAUCUGUCCGUAAAGUUCGAGGGCCCGUACGACGCAAACUUGAAUGAGGAUGGGCGACCCAAUACGCUAGGCGAUCUAGGACCGUUUGGACUCGGACGUUUGAAAGACAUGAUUUUGUAUGGAGAUCAGCACAGAAUACUCCAGGUUGUGAUCAAUCUGGUUUCGAACAGUCUCAAGUUCACCCCUGAAGGAGGGAAAGUCGUACUUUCGAUACGUUGUGUUGGGGAGAGUAACAUGGUGGAGAGUCGCAAAGCAUCCUUGCAGUCACGACACAGCUCGAUGCGCAACUCCAAACAGCGAGUCUUCGCGUCAAGCUCUGAGGUUGGAUCCAGCUCGGCGGGAGUACCAAAUCACUACAGCACAGCGAAUGUGAUCAAUGCAGUGGACAAACCUCACGCAUACUCACAAAUCAUGGCCAUGGAACGUUCACCUGCACCCGCAGGCCGAUGGCUAGCCUUCGAAUUUGAGGUCGAAGACACAGGCCCAGGUAUUCCUGAAAACCUUCAUGGCAAGAUUUUUGAACCGUUUGUCCAGGGCGAUCUAGGACUUUCCAAGAAGUUUGGAGGAACGGGACUCGGGUUGUCCAUUUGCUCGCAACUCGCUGGCCUAAUGAAGGGUAGCGUUGGGCUGAAGAGUGAGGUGGGGCACGGAAGUGUCUUCACCAUGUCGAUACCGCUGAAGUACCUGAAGAACCGUGCCGACAGCACCGCCAGCUCAAGCAAUGUCACGAUUGCUUCCCCCCGACAUAGUUUAUCCAUGGAUGAGCCACGAAGUCGUCAAAGCGAAGAGGCACGCUCGACGCACUCUGUACAUUCAGUCCACAACGAACCUGUCGCCGCAACGACUACUGCUGCUGCAGGUGGCCCGGUGGCAUUCGAAUCGGACUCCAAGCCGCGACUGGUCGGUCUGAGCCAGCCUUUCUUCGCCUCCACCGCGCCCAUGGAUUCACCAGGCUCACAAGCAGCGGCUAUGAAGCGAGUAGAGACGGAUGCGAAGCAGCGAGGAGGCAAGAUCAAGGUGCUCGUUGCUGAAGACAACAAGACGAAUCAAGAAGUCGUGCUACGCAUGUUGAAACUGGAAGACGUCUACGAUGUAACUGUUGCCAAAGAUGGCCAAGAGGCGCUCGACAGGGUCAAGGAGAGUAUGGAACGCCAUCAACCGUUCAACCUGAUUUUUAUGGACGUGCAAAUGCCGAAUCUGGAUGGAUUGGAGUCGACGAGACUCAUUCGACAGUCGGGUUUUUCCUCGCCUAUCGUAGCCCUCACGGCCUACGCAGAGGAAAGCAAUGUCAAGCAAUGUCUCGAAUCAGGCAUGGACUUCUUCCUCUCGAAGCCGAUCAGGCGCCCCGCACUGAAGCACGUUCUCAAAACAUACUGCCCCACCAUACUGGAGGAAGAGAGCGAUCCGCCAACACCUCCAACCGCUGUGGCAGCAGCAUCGAAAGGGAAAGCCAACGGAAACGCUGUGCAGCCUACCACUUCACCAAUUACCAAUUCGACGCCGUUUUCUCCAACUGCAGGGAGCCGGGACCACGACGCGUCACCAGCCAUCUCACCUAAUACAACGCCUGGGACGGUGCAAUUUCCAUAAAGGUCGUUUCUGUCUUUUCGAGUUCAGACUCUUUUAGCUUAAUACCUAGCUUUUAAUGUCGCUCCUUUGUCAUUUUUUUCAUAUAUUUUCUGUCUCAUGCAUUUCCUAGAGUACAUUAUACGCAUGGCGCUGGGGGGUUGCGAAGUUCUUUCUAAAAACGUGUCAAGGGCAUAUGGGCGUUUAUUUGUGCAUAGGGUUGGUUUGGACAGAACUUGUCUGGAGUUUGGUUGUUGGGUGCAUGUUUCAAACAUUUCUCGGAGUCUUGCCCAACGUGGCUGUGUAUCGUGUCGGUCUGGAGCGCAUACGCUCUGUUGGGAAGAAUACAACACGUGUUUGCUGUGGCGAGUUGAGGAUGUCGCAGCUUCUUUCUUGACCAUUGAUUUUCUCUCUCGCUCGUCAUUCUUCUCCUGUGAUUUUGUGGCC